UCGUGGUUGCUGAGAGCCCCGGUUGAUUCACCCUGGGUUCAGUCAGAAGCGGCCUCCCCUGGGACCAGGUCUCUGGCCCCUCCCAAGGACCAUGCCACAGUCCCACUGACCCCGGAGCAGGGGCCUGAGGGCAGGACACCCGGAAUGGGCUGUGUGUUCUGCAAGAAGUCGGAGCCAGGGCUCAAGGAGGAUGCUGGCCUAGAAGGGGACUUCAGGGACCACGGGGCUGCAGACCGCUAUGGCCCUGACCCUACUCAGGCCCGGUCUGUGUCCUCCUUUGCUCACAUCCCCAACUACAACAACUUCUCUCAGUCCACCAGCCCGGCCUUCCUCGAUGGGAGCAACAUCAGGGGCGUCUCAGGGGCUGGGGUGACCCUGUUCAUCGCUCUGUAUGACUAUGAGGCCCGGACAGAAGAUGACCUCACCUUCACCAAAGGCGAGAAGUUUCACAUCUUGAACAAUACUGAGGGUGACUGGUGGGAGGCUCGGUCCCUCAGCUCCGGACAGACUGGCUAUGUUCCCAGCAACUACGUGGCCCCUGUGGACUCCAUCCAGGCUGAAGAGUGGUAUUUUGGAAAGAUCGGGAGGAAGGAUGCUGAGAGGCAGUUGCUCUCUUCAGGCAACUCCCAGGGAGCCUUCCUCAUUCGAGAGAGCGAGACCACCAAAGGUGCCUACUCCCUGUCUAUCCUGGAUUGGGACCAGACCAGAGGCGAUCAUGUGAAGCAUUACAAGAUCCGCAAGCUGGACACGGGUGGCUACUACAUCACCACGAGGGCCCAGUUCGACUCGGUGCGGGAGCUGGUGCAGCAUUAUAUGGAGGUCAACGAUGGGCUGUGCCACCUGCUCACCGCUGCCUGCACCACCGUGAAGCCGCAGACGCUGGGUCUGGCCAAGGACGCCUGGGAGAUCAGCCGGGACUCCAUUGCCCUGGAGCGCAGACUGGGCACCGGCUGCUUCGGGGACGUGUGGCUGGGCACAUGGAACGGCACCACGAAGGUGGCAGUGAAAACCCUGAAGCCGGGCACCAUGGCCCCGAAGGCCUUCCUGGAUGAGGCGCAGAUCAUGAAGAUGUUGCGCCACGACAAGCUGGUGCAGCUGUACGCGGUGGUGUCUGAGGAGCCCAUCUACAUCGUGACGGAGUUCAUGAGCCAUGGAAGCUUGCUGGACUUCCUCAAGGGCCAGGAGGGCCAGAGUUUGAGUUUGCCCCACUUGGUGGACAUGGCAGCCCAGGUUGCCGCUGGCAUGGCCUACAUGGAGCGCAUGAACUACAUCCACCGUGACCUGAGAGCAGCCAACAUCCUGGUGGGGGAGCGCCUGGUGUGCAAGAUCGCGGACUUCGGGCUGGCCCGGCUCAUCGAGGAUAAUGAGUACAACCCCCAGCAAGGAGCCAAGUUCCCCAUCAAGUGGACAGCCCCAGAAGCUGCCCUCUUUGGCAGAUUCACCAUCAAGUCAGAUGUGUGGUCUUUUGGGAUCCUGCUCACUGAACUCAUCAGCAAGGGCCGAGUUCCCUACCCAGGCAUGAAUAACCGGGAGGUGUUGGAGCAGGUGGAACAUGGCUACCACAUGCCGUGCCUGCCGACCUGCCCCGCGUCGCUAUAUGAAGUCAUGGAGCAGGCCUGGCGUCUGGACCCAGAGGAGAGGCCGACCUUCGAGUACCUGCAGUCCUUCCUGGAGGACUUCUUCACCUCCACAGAACCCCAGUACCAGCCUGGAGAUCAGACAUAGCUGACUUGGAUACCAACCCCCCACGCUGGGGGAUGUGCCCACAAGCCCCCUCAAUCCUUGGGGCUCUGGCCCCACCCAAAGCCCCCCAGGCUUAGAAGCCUACAGAGCUCUGCGUGUCUCGGCAAGCAGGUUGCUCUGACUCCAUCUAGGGCAAAGCACUCAUCUUAAAGAUGGAGCAAACAGAGGCCCAGAGAUCAUUACUUAUUCACUCUGGCCCCAAGCACUCUCUCUCCCCUUCUCACUUAGCCUCCUACAAGCCUCUAGCCUCCCUGCUCCUCCCCCCCCAAGACUUUUCGAGUUAUUUAUAAAACCCUAUGUCCAUUCCUUCCUACCCCAUUAUCUACCCUGAGCCAGACCCCCAGAUUUACCUCCUAUUCAAUCCUCUUGUGUCUGUAAGUUUCAAAGACAAAGAAAUCAUUGAUGGGCCCGUUUCUUGCUGGGUGGAAGCCAUGGUGCAGGACUGGGGUCUAAGCCCGAGACUGUGGGAGACUGUUGCUCAGGGGUUACCACCUCUGAAUCAUGUGUGUUUACUGGAUUUGUAAAUAAGAAAAAUAACAAUAUCGAAGCUUUGAAAAUCCCUUCCUUUAUGGGAGUUGGUGAUGGGUGGAGGAAGACUGCUCUGUUAGAGCAGAAAGGGAAGGUAAAACAGUACCCUAAUGCCUCCUAAGCACAGGGUACCCCAAGUGUGGGUUUUUUCAAUCUCAAUUAUUUCUUUAUUUUAUGCACUGAAUAAAAAUUCUAGCAUGUUAAGA